AUGGACAAUUUCUAUGCACCAGGAAAAAACCAUCUCUUUGUUCCGGGGCCAGUUAACAUCCCGGACCAGGUCAUUCGGGCCAUGAACAGAAACAAUGAGGACUACCGUUCUCCAGCUAUUCCAGCUAUGACAAAAACUCUGCUUGAGGAUGUCAAGAAGAUUUUCAAGACCACAACUGGAACCCCAUUUCUCAUCCCUACAACUGGUACUGGUGCUUGGGAGAGUGCUCUCACAAACACACUGUCUCCUGGUGAUCGUACUGUAUCUUUCCUAAUUGGCCAAUUCAGCUUGCUUUGGAUUGAUCAGCAGCAACGUCUGAAUUUCAAUGUUGAUGUUGUGGAAAGCGAAUGGGGCCAGGGUGCUAAGCUUGAUGUUCUGGAAUCAAAAAUUGCUUCAGAUACUGCUCACACUAUAAAGGCAAUUUGCAUUGUUCACAAUGAGACAGCAACUGGGGUCACCAAUAACCUGGCCAAAGUAAGACAAAUUCUCGAUUCCUACCGGCAUCCAGCCCUCCUUAUUGUUGAUGGAGUGUCUUCCAUUUGUGCUCUUGAUUUCCGCAUGGAUGAAUGGGGAGUAGAUGUGGCCAUAACUGGCUCUCAGAAGGCCCUUUCCCUUCCCACUGGGAUAGGUAUUGUGGUUGCAAGCCCUAAAGCAAUUGAGGCCUCAAAAACUGCUAAAUCACUUAGAGUUUUCUUUGACUGGAAAGACUACCUGAAAUUCUACCAGUUAGGAACCUAUUGGCCAUAUACUCCUUCCAUACAUUUGCUGUAUGGUCUGAGAGCUGCUCUUGAUUUGAUUUUUGAGGAAGGACUUGAAAAUGUGAUUGCAAGGCACAAUCGUUUAGGCACGGCAACCAGACUUGCUGUAGAGGCAUGGGGUUUGAAGAAUUGCACCCAAAAGGAAGAGUGGCACAGUGACACAGUGACUGCCGUUGUUGUUCCUUCUUACAUUGACAGUUCUGAAAUUGUUAGAAGAGCAUGGAAGAGAUACAAUUUGAGCUUAGGUCUUGGACUGAACAAGGUUGCUGGGAAGGUUUUCAGAAUUGGACAUCUUGGCAACUUGAAUGAGUUACAACUCUUGGGAUGUUUAGCUGGUGUGGAGAUGAUACUCCAAGAUGUGGGUUACCCAGUAAAGCUUGGAAGUGGAGUUGCUGCUGCCAGUGCAUACUUUAAGAACACUAUUCCUCUCAUCCCUUCCAGGAUUUGA